AUGUCGUCAUAUACUAUUGUUAGCGGUGACACAUUGUGGAAGAUCGCCACGGACCACGGCAUCACGCUGCAGGCCUUGACAGCAGCCAACCCGCAGAUCACGAACCCUGAUCUGAUUUAUGCGGGACAGCAAAUCAAUAUCCCCCAGAAUGAAGCCCCUCCACCGCCUCAGAAUGUUCCAGCCCCAGUGCCAGAGCCUAGUGCCGCUCGUGAAAUGGCCAGCGGUGGGGGUUACUCAGGCCCAGGGUCAAGCGUGCCUCCGCCUCACAUGCCUCCACCUCCCCCGCUGGUGUCGCCGGCCGAGGCCUGGAAUACUGGCCGACCAUCGUUCAAGACCGUUGCCUACUUUACGAAUUGGGGUGUUUACGGCCGCAAUUAUCAGCCCCAAGACAUCCCCGCCAACUUCAUCACCCACAUUCUCUAUUCCUUCGCCAACAUCCGUCCUACGGGCGAAGUCUUCUUAACGGACACCUACUCCGACCUGGAAAAACACUACCCCACUGACUCCUGGGACGAAAGCGGGGAGAACGUCUACGGCUGCAUCAAGCAGCUCUUCCUUCUCAAGAAGCAGCACCGCCACCUAAAAACCCUCCUCUCCAUCGGCGGCUGGACCUACAGCUCCAACUUCGCCGGCCCGGCUUCCACGCCCCAGGGCCGGCAAACCUUCGCGCGCUCCGCCGUCCACCUCCUCGCCGACCUCGGCUUCGACGGCAUCGACAUCGACUGGGAGUACCCGCAGGAUGAUGCCGAAGCGUACAACUUCGUGCUCCUCCUGCAGGAAACGCGCGCCGAACUCGACCGCUACUCCGCCUACUAUCUGCAGGGAAAGCGACUCCUCCUGACCAUCGCGGCACCGUGCGGACCAUCCAAAUUCAACGUUCUCCGCAUCCGCGAGAUGGACCCCUUCCUCGACUUCUGGAACCUCAUGUGCUACGACUUCGCGGGCAGCUGGGACUCCAUCGCCGGUCACCAGGCUAACGUGUUCCCCCACCCGCAGCCGGGCCUGACGCCCUUCAGCGCCGACGCCGCCGUGGUCGCGUACCUGCGUGGCGGCGUGCAUCCGAGUAAGAUUAUCUUCGGAUUGCCAUUGUAUGGUCGCGCGUUUGAGAACACGGGCGGUCCUGGUCGCCAGUUCCAGGGCGUCGGCGAGGGGUCGUGGGAGAAUGGCGUGUGGGAUUACAAGGCUCUCCCUGCAGAAGGAGCUGUCGAGUAUACGGAUCCAAAUCUGAUGGCUAGUUGGAGUUUUGAUCCCGCUAAGGGCAAGGUGGUGAGUUAUGAUACGCCUGAAGUGACCGGGCUGAAGGCCCAGUAUAUCCAGCGCAGGGGCCUGGGUGGUGCGAUGUGGUGGGAGUUGAGUGGUGAUCAUCCUGUGCACCAUGAGAGGAGCUUGGUUAGGAUUACUGGGGAUGCGUUUGGUAGGAUGGGAGGGUUGGAUGGGAGUGAGAAUACGUUGAUGUAUCCGGCUAGUCGGUAUGAGAAUUUGCGGAGGGGGUUUGAGUAG